AAGGCCAUCCUCGCCGGGUCGCGCAACAGCGCGGCGCUCGCCUCCUCCGGCGCGCUGUACACCUGGGGUUGGAACUCGCACGAUACCCUCGGUCACGACGUCGACGACGAGUGGAUCCCGCGCCCGAGGGCGGUCGCGGCGCUGGACCCGUCCGACGUGGCGUGCGCCUCCCUCGGCGGAUGGCACGUCUGCGCCGCGGACAACGACGGCCGACUCUUCGCCUGGGGCGGCAACGAGUACGGCCAAGCCGGCGUCGACACCGGCACCGCGGGCCAAGGCGUUCACGUGUCGCUCCACCUGUCAGUUCCCGAACUCGUGCCCUUUCCAGCGCCCGACGGCCUCAACGCGAACAGACUGCAGAUCACCCAGGUGGCGUGCGGGGGGAUGUGCUCGUUCGCGGUGGUGGGAAGGACCGGGGAGGUGUACACGUGGGGACAGACGGUCGGUUCGGAGAAGGAACCCGCGAGGUCGCCGGUGCGAGUGCCGGGAAUCAAGGGCGUGACCACCUUAGCCGCGGGGAUGUUUCACGCGCUGGCGCUCCAGGAGGACGGCCGCGUGUUUUCCUGGGGCAACGGCGACUACGGCCAACUGGGCCUGGGCAGGCCGGGUAACGAGGACACGCCGACGGAGGUUGAGGCGCUGUCCCGCGCGGGCGUCAGGUCAGUCGCGGCGGGCGGUUGGCACAGCGCCGCUGUCACCGCGGGUGGGGUGUGUUACGUGUGGGGACGGGGCGAGUACGGGCGGCUGGGUCUGGGCGACGGCGACUGCGCGGACAAGCAGCGGCCGGUGGAGCUGACGCUGGGGUCUUGGGGGGGCGACAAUCGCGAAGGAGGCGGGCGCGGGGGAUCCGUUCCGAGGAUCGUCGAAGCGGCGCUCGGCGGGACGCACUCGUGUCUCCUCGACGAAUCCGGCCGGGUGUACUCGUUCGGGAGGAACUCGCUCGGGCGGCUCGGUCGGGCGGUAAGCGGGAAGUGGAGCGGCGAUCCCGCGCCGGUGCACUUCCCGCCCGCGCCGGGGGGCGGGGCGUGGCGCGUGACGUCCGUGUGCGCGGGCGGCCGGCACACGAUGGCGACGGCGAGGGUGAGGAGCAAGGAACGGUUAGACGCGGAGGAGGCGGCGGCGAGCGCGUCGGGGGGGUCGAGGCCGAGGUCGCCGCUGCUCUCGCAGUCGCCGUCGAGGCGCACGUCCAUCAGCGCGCAGCAGUGA